CCUGCAUCGAAAACACGCCGGACACUUAAACUGUAGCUUCCGCUUGAUAAAGAUUCUUUCAAAUACGGUAGAAACAAUAUGAACGAUACCCGUUCCGCAGCGGGCACGGAGCGUCCCGCUUCUGCGCGGCUAGAGGCGUUCUUCGGAGGCGGGAAGUACGCAAAAGCGCGGCGGAAGGCGCGGCAAACAAAAUACACCGAGCCAAAGCGUGAUAAGUACAGUGCCUGGCGCUCGGACUAUGACGACGCAGCGGUGUUCGCGAUUCCAAUGGACCGGAACGAACAGGAUGGCACCAUCCAGAAGUCGAGUCCCUCUCGCGGCCGCGCGGAGCAGCCCCAUUCGCGCAGCGGUAGUAGAGCGUCGAAGGACACAAGACUGGUCGCGGCCACGAGUUUUUCGCCGCCGCAGUCCCCGGGCGGGGGUGGAAAGUCGACGUUUGUCCUCCCGCGCUCCGUACCCGAUUUCAAACAAGACGGGGACCUUUCUCCGCGGUCGGCGCAACGAGUCCACCGCGACAACCCCCCGAGACCGCGAACCGCACCCAGCGAAGAGUCGGCCGGGCUUUUGAAGUACCUUCGGAGCAUGGAUGAGGCGAAGAAGCAGUCGUUUCUGCACGAACUGUUAUCCGCUGACCCCGCGGCUGUGCAAGCUGCGGCGGCACUAGCGGGAAAUGGCAUGACGGACACAACUUCCGCUCUCCCCAUGGAACCGGCCGAAAUUCAAACCACCGACGUCUUCGACGCGAUCGUGGCGGCUCCGCCCGUCCGUCGCACGGGUCCCGAUGACCCAAAAGCGUUCGAAUCCCCGAUCCCCUCGCCGAAAAGCGAACCCCGGCGGCGACCGUCGGGAGGCAUCGGAGCCGCCCACGAGGACCGCAAUUACGGCCAGGAGAGUGCUCCACGCCUGCAGAAGGCGCUUGAGCGCGAUGGGCCCGGGAGUAGCGACGGGGAGGAAAACUCCGACGAGGAAGGAGGUAAGCGCAAAUCUGCCAAUGGUUCCGGGACGAGAGGUGGACCUGCUCCGGACAGCCCGCCCGGGGAGCUGGGGCUCCUCGAGCCCGACCCGAUCGGGGGCCGCAUUCCCAAAGUUCUAGGGAAGAAGCGACGCGUCUAUCGGACCCCGUUGCUGACCCAGUACCACUGCUUCAUCGUCGCAGUGGUCACUUCCUUCAUCAGUCUCGGCCUAUUCUUCCUGACCCUCUGGGUGUCUUCCGCGAGCACCUAGGUACUUACGGCGGCACAGGGCUUGGAAGAGGUGUGAAGGUUUACUUUGUGCCCGAAUUACUGCGGAUGAUUUGAAGAGGUUAAGUACGUAUUCUGCGCGCACGUUUUGGUUUUGCAACCCUGUUUCAAGUUUCAAGUUGCAGGACGACGUAGCACCUCUGCAACCAACAUGGCACCUCUGCAGCUAGGCUUUCUUCGGAAACGAGAAGCCAGUUUCCCUGUAGUGUUCGGAGUUCUGACAACGUGGCUUUAUUUGGGUGUGGGAUUCAGAACGGCGCUCUAAAUAGUUGUGUGGUGUUUAUUUUCUGUAAAAAAACUUGUACGAGUCAUAGCCGUGGUGCACAAUUGUUUG